UCCUCUAGACUGAGUCUGAAUUCAUGCAGGUUGUUUGCAGCAUGUUGCAAUGUGCCUAACCCCUCCUUUACUGUGCUGCACUGGUUGGAGUACCUGCUGAUCUUGAAACGUCAUGAGGCUCCCGUUAUCAAGUGCAGACAAUAAAUCAUUUUGUUGCUCAUUGCUAUAUGGGAGUGUAACAUCUCUUCAGUGAGAGCGAGACGUGCACAGACAAGAAGAUGUUUUAUUCAGGUAUCCUCACAGAGCCUAGUAGGAAGGAGGUGGAAAUGAGGGAAGCUGCAUCUCUCCGACAGCAGAGGAGAAUGAAACAGGCAGUUCAGUUUAUUCACAAGGAUUCAGCAGACCUGCUGCCUCUGGAAGGGCUGAAGAAACUGGGAACUUCAAAAGAUACUCAACCACAUAACAUUCUGCAAAGACGCUUGAUGGAGACAAACUUAUCCAAAUUACGAAACUACCGUGGCACAUGGACUCCCAAGAAUGACAUUUCAGCACAGACCAAUAAGCUGAAUCAAACCAAACCAGACACCCCAAAGAAAAUAGAGGAAGAAGAACUUAUAUUGGUGAACUGCCAGUGUGCUGGAAAGGACUUGCGAGCUGUGGUUGACACCGGUUGUCAGCAUAAUCUCAUAUCAUCUGCUUGUUUGGAUAGACUCGGGCUGAAGGAGCAUAUCAAAAUGUACAACAAUGAAGAUGAGAAAAUUUUGCUACCAUGGAACAUAAGGGUGAUUGGUCAGGUUGAACAUUUAGCGGUUACAAUGGGAACCAUCCAUGUGGACUGUUUUGCAGUCGUCAUAGAAGACAAUGAGAAAACCUUCUCCCUUGGGCUGCAGACUUUGAAAUCUCUGAAGUGUGUCAUAAAUAUGGAAAAGCAUCAUCUUGUAUUGGGGAAGACAGACAGGGAAGAAAUCCCAUUUGUUGAUAAUAAUUUCUCUGCAAAUGGAGAAAACACAUCUGAGGCAUGAAGAUAGACUGAAACCUCCCCUUCCCCUGACAGGAAACCCUAACGUCAAAGAAAAACUGUGCAGCUUUUCUGGAUGAAACAGCAAUGUAUUACAUUGGCAACACCUAAACUAGGCUUCAUUUAAGUACACUUAAUCUGUAUUCAAUAGCCAGUAACUUUUUAGAUCUUGUCUUGUAGAGCUAUGUUUUUUGAGAUACAAAGAUGUGCUUUUUUCUGGACUUUCCUACUGUGCCCCACUUCCUUUUGAAUGGUAAGACAAACCUUAUGAAUUUAUUCUAAUGAUGAGAAGAGUCAUUUUUUAUAGAAGCCUCAUAUGAAAUAAUUUUAUUUCAUGCUGGGUAUAGGCUGCCAAAAUUAGAUUUUUUUAACAAUGAUUUUUUCAGCAGUUAAAUAUUUAUAUACAAUAAGCUGACAUCACCAGAUUCAAACCAGGAAGGUAGUCAUAUUGAAAUAUCAACCUAAAUCUUAUACAUUGGUCAAAGAUCAUCCUAAUACCCAUAAUAUUGUUGCUAUGUAAUUAGGGAUGCAACUGCUGAAUCUAUGCGAAUAGUUAUAUAACUAGUUACUAAUCACGUUUGCCUUCGGAACUAUCAUUGUAUUGCCAACCCUCAUGAUUUUUGGGAUUGUUCUUAAAGUCUACGCUUCAGGAAUGUGAAAAACAUAGCUCUUUCUUUUAUCUGUAUAUAUAAAUAUAGAUAAAAGAGCUACAUUUUUUCCCACAUUCCCGGAGUGUAAACUUUAAAAUCAAUUCCAAAAAUGAUGGGAUUUGGCAACACUGUAUUAUAGUUACUGAUCAAGAAUAGCAGUUCAGGAAAAUUCACCACCAGGCUGAGUCCAAAAGGAAAAAAAUGGGGACAGGCUUCUACAGCAGCAGUGGUGCUGAGAGACUACUUGGUCAACUAGACUCAGCUAUGAACCAAACCCUGACUUUUCUCUGAGCACAGAGACUACUUCCUCAGCCUCUGCCAUCACCACAGCUCAAAACCAACUACACCUGGCACAGCCAGAAGGCUGACUGGCUAGGUUGGCUUUGAACUCCUGAACUUGACCAUCACUCGCUUCAAUGCACUAUUUUUAUAUCUAUUUACAAAUUCCUCAGGACCUCAAGUACAACACUAACCCUGAUCCCCCUGAAAUCACUUAAGAGUUUUCGUGGGGACCAACAUUUGGUUCUUCAUCACACGCCUCUUUUAGCAACAGUAUUACUGCCUCACAUACUGGCAGAACAAAUUCGUUGUACCGCUUGGGAGUCUGACAUUUCACAAUAGCUGUUCUCUGUGUUUCUGAAUGCCAAUAGGAAUUAUUGACAAACACCAGCUGGGAGGCCAAUUUCAAGUCUAAGAAAUUUGAAAAUCAGGCAUGUAAGCUAAUAUCCUUUCUACAUUCUCGUACCUGAUUAUCCAGCCAUCAUGGCUAGCAACAAAGCCAGAUUUUCACAGAGCCUCUCUGUCUUGCAUCUUAUGCUGUAUAACCUUGAGUGCUAACCCUGCAGCAAAAGUGCUUUUAGGUCCUAAAUUUAGCAGUGCACUUAAGCACAUGUAUUCCUCUUGACAUCAAUGGGACUGCUCCUGUACUUAAAAAUUUGUAUGUGCUUACAUGUGCUCCUGGAUUAGGGCUUCAUUUGGUGAGAUCCUGACAGGCUUAGCACCUAUAACUUCCAGUGAAGUUAAUGGGCCUCAGGAAUUGACUCAGUGGGAAUUCUACCAAUAAUUCUCAUCAACUUCAAAGGGAGAUCUGGUCCAGAAUAUGGCCCACAGUGUGUGAUGCCUGGUAAAGGGCUCUUCCUGAUUUUUUUCUGAUUUGUCUACAAUAGUAAUGAUAGCUCUAUUACAUGGCUGUCAGGAUUACAAUAGCAGAUCUAGACUUACCAAAUGUGUGCCUGUAUUUUAACAGCUUAGAGCUUUGUCUCUUGCAGUGGAUUUGAAACACUUAGUUUUUAUUAUUGGAUAUUGCCAUCAAGUCAGGAGUAUCAGUGUUUUGGGAUAGUUUCUAUGGAUCAGUUCUCUCCUGUAGACAGUAUUUUAUACAACACAACUCAAUGUAUAUUCGGGGUGGGCUGCACUGUGUAAUCCUGCCAGUGUGUUGUAGAAAUGUAUUUCAUUAAAUACAAAAUAUAUUUGAUUAAAUUUAUAUGCCAUGAGUUUGGUAUUUUGGUACUUCUUUCUGUGCUUAUUACUGUGCUGGAUGUUCUAUUAAAGUCUAAAUAAAGUUGAUCUCCUGUUACAAUC